AUGCCGCCCCUGGCUAGACACAAUGUCUCAACAGCUUGCACGCAGUGUCGAAGCAGCAAGUUGAAGUGUGAUGGGAAGCUUCCUAAAUGUAAACGCUGCAACCUGAAGGGACGGGUCUGCAUCUACCCGUCCGAUGAUGAUAAGAGACGAAUACCCGUCAAAAAAGCCCUGGAAGUUUUUGUUAGGCGUGCAAAGCAAUUGGAAUCGUUCGUUGCUGGCCAUGGCCUGGUUGCACCCACGGUCAGGCCCGAUGAUCGCGAGAUAUUCGACAAGGUGAUGGGCGGGCGAGACACCUUCCCUCUUCCCGCUAGUUGCGUAUUAGACGAGACCCACGGUGAAUCGGGCCAUGGGUACCCUGCGGCUGGCCAGCUCACAGAAUUUCCUACGCCGCCUGACCCUGUUACUAUCACCGAGUAUGGUUCUCAGUUGAUCAGUGGCGGAGAUCCAACUGGCCACUCGGCCCAGGAUCAGGAUCCCGUCCAACUGCAGCAGAAAGAAUUGAUUGGAAAUUCCUCUCCGGAUCUACCCUUCCUCGGCGAUAUCAGUGAUCUUCAAUUUAACGGCCUGGAACCGGGCUGCGACUACGCAGGGGAUGUCCCAAUCGUCACAACUACCACGGAACAGGGGUACCCAAUGUUCCAUCAUUCGUUCUAUAAUGUCCACUCAGCAUCUGGGAAUGGACAGACGCAUUCCGACCAUUUACGAGGGAGUGAAGACGAUGAGCUUUCUGAAGAUGAAGACGUGAUCAGCCAGUUGUCUAAUCGAAUGGGCCAUCUUCAUUUGAUGGAAGAUGGCCAAUGGCGAUUCUAUGGCGCCACAUCCAAUUUAAACUUGGCAAAACACAGGUUCUCUAACGACACUUAUGCAAACAUUCCAUCUACGAGCCAAGCGACCUGGCAGCCGGCGGUAUUGCGCGAGCCCCUUGAUCCCCAGCUUGAGCUUCUACUUGAAAACCUGUAUUUCUCAUGGCAGAAUCCGUGUUACCAUGUCGUGGACCGAGAAAUGUACGAGGAGGGGAAAAGGGCUUGGAAGGCAAGCCAGCAGCCUUCAACUUUCUAUUCAUCCCUUUUAACAAAUGCUAUAUGUGCAUUCGGAGCUCUAUUCCAUCAACCACGCAAGAGUGCGACUCAACUUGCCCAGGCAUGCGCGAGUAAUGCGAGGAUUCUUCUGGAUAUAGAGCUAGAUGCGCCCAAGGUAGCUACAGCCCAAGCAUUGGUGAUUCUCAGCAGUCUUGAGGCAGCCGCCACAAAGGAUGCCCGUGGGUGGCUGUAUUGUGGAAUGGCUAUGCGGCUAUCCUUUGACUUGGGCCUCCACGUGGACAUGGGGCCGUACGUUUCCCAGGGCCAAAUGACUGCGUCAGAAGCCAGGGCCCGAUGUACGGCAUUUUGGGGCUGCUACGUUGUCGAUCACCUGUGGGGCUUCUAUUUGGGUCGUCCAUUUCACACGAACAGUGGCAACAUUACUGUCCGCAAACCAAGCGCCAACCUGUAUUCUCAUCAAGCAUCGGCAUCUACAGAUGCUGCGCUAGGCUCUCCGCCUGCCGAUGGUUGGGCAAGCCCAAGUCUUGGCGACGAAGCUGACCUGAUUUCACCACAAUGGGUUUCCCUUACUGAAAGCAUGGAUGCGCUCGGCAACGUCAUGUAUGGAUGCACUGCCGCCUCGACGGAAGAUCUCUUUCAGGUGGCAAGAAAGACUAUGGAUGAUCUCAUUCAAUGGAAACUCAACUUGCCCUCAAACCUUGCAGUCGAAAUCGACGAUCUGUCUACCCGUCCCUCGGCCCAUCUGAUUGUUAUGCAGUGA